UCCAAGAGGGAGACUACACCUUGAGUCGAAAAGAACCCAUAAAGGAGGAGUCUUGAAGCGGUUGUGGAGAGAUGUGUGGAGGCGCGAUCAUCUCCGACCUCAUACCGGCCACGGUGGCGCGGCGGGUGACGGCGGAGCACCUGUGGCCGGGCGGGAGGAGGAGGAGGGGGAAGCAGCAGAGAAGGGAGGUCGAAGAGGACUUCGAGGCUGACUUCCUGGAGUUCGAUGAUGAGUCGGGGGAGGACGAGUUCGAGGACGAGUUCGAUGAUGAGGUCGAUGUCAAUUCCUCUGGUUUCGGAUCGAAUUCCUCCUUUUCUCGAGAGGUCUCAAUCACUCUAAGAUCAAGAGGUUUUGGUGGACCUGCAUGCAAGUCAGGCAAAAGGAAGAGAAAGAGUCAAUUCCGUGGAAUCCGCCAGCGCCCGUGGGGCAGAUGGGCAGCUGAAAUCAGAGAUCCCUGUAAAGGGGUUCGUGUUUGGCUCGGGACAUUCGACUCUGCUGAACAGGCUGCAAGAGCUUAUGAUUCUGAAGCUCGUAGGAUUCGUGGCCAAAAAGCCAAAGUGAACUUCCCUGCAGGAUCAAAAUCAGGUGCUAAAAAAAGCAUACUGAAACCUACUGCCCCAAGAACUCACACAUCAAACAUGUCAGAAAAGCUUGAGUGCAAGCAUUCCGACCAUCCGAAUGACCAAGAUUGUGUUUUCUAUUCUGCUAUGGGCCUCUUGGAGGAGGAACCGACCAAGCCUGACUACUUUUACCCCUUUGCAAGUGAAGGACCUUCUGCACCUUGUGAAGGCCUGGAUUUCCAUUCUGCUGAGGAAGGUACUGAGGAAAGUGACUCCUUUGGUCAUCCAGAAUUCAUAUGGGAACAUGAGGACAAAACCCCUGAGAUCAAGUUAGUUGAUGUUCCCACUGCUAUUGAAGGAAAUGGUACUGGGUUGCUGGGAGAUGAUGGUCAUCAGGAGAAUUUGAAAAAUGGUUGUGGAGCGGAAUCCUCUGCGGAAGAGACAACGGCAAUCAAAUUGUCUAAGAACUUAUAUGCUUUCGACUCGUACAUGAAUUUUCUGCAGUUUCCUUACACUGAGGGGAGUUCCAAUGUGUCGCUCAAUUGCCUGUUUGGUGGUGAACUGGCUCAGGAUGAUUUCAGUACUGUCAACCUAUGGAGCUUCAAUGACCUGCCCAUGGAGGGCAGUGUCUACUGAGAGACUUCGGCUGUCGCUACCGGUGAUCUGUAAAUAGGGAGAAAAAAUAAGCAUUCCAAAGGUGACACACGUUUUCUUUGGCCAUGUUGGCUUGCAAGUAUCUCCUUGUUCGGAGAACAAAUUGGUUCUUUCCCUUAGAUUUAGUUUUCUAUCUCAUGAACCAAUUAGAGAAGCUUAUGGAGGGUCAGAAUUGUUUGAAUGCCAUCAUGAAUCAAAGUGUGUUUGGUUUGCAGCAUAAUCUUCAGGAACAACAGCUUUUUGUUGCUGCUUUGUGGACUCUUGAGUUGACCAGUGUUGACUGUUUCUGUAUAUGAUGUAAGCUAAUGGUUUAAGACAUGCUGCUGAACCUGGUUCCCUGGUGUGCUUUAUUUUCGUUGCUUUCUCAAGAUUGGAACUGAUGUGAAGCCAAAAGGAUGACCUUUAGUUCGUUGUUGCACAGAUGCAAAUAUAUCAUGUAUCAUCGACAAUGAUCGUUGAAUAAAUUCAGUUAGCGGUUGACUAAAUUCAGUUAGUGGUUGACAAUGAUCACUAUCUUUUGUUCUUGCUUUGUCGAUGGAAAUUCUAAACCGAAAUCGUGUUGUAGGUGGAUAUUCCAGUUCUGUUUUUGUGUUCAAUUAGCCUGUAAUGGUCUUGUUGUUUCUGGAUAUAUGUCCUUCAGGCAACAUGCUAACUUUUGUUCAAGGAGAACAUGACAUGACUCGAUGAAUGAUAUUUUGAUUUCUUGGAGGCU